AUUCAAAGCGCACUUCUGAAGGGAUUUGCUCAGUUUUUCAUAUUUUGAUAUUUUUAUCAAUUUUUUUAUUCCAAAUGUGCACACUGACAAUCUUUCCUCGUACAUGAGCUUUCUCACUGGACGUUAAGGCCCACGAAGCGAGCGAGCGAGCGAACCAGCCCUCCCCCAUCUAUGUAUAGAAAGCACUCGACGUAGUCUGUCCAAGUGGAGUUGCCGUACAAGCUCCGCUGCAGAUGACUUCCGCCUUCGUUUCGGGUAGCAGCGACGUCAAACGGUGAUUUUUGUGACGAGAUUCGCGCAAACCUACUGGGCGAGGAUGGCUGAAACUGUCAAUCAUCCAUUCCAACGUAUAGUGGAGCCCCUGGAUCCCCAGGUUGCAAAUCAGCAUUUCUAUAAUCUCUCCAAACUUGAAGAUCCCAGAUAUGGGAGCUUGCCGUUCUGCAUCCGUGUUCUCUUGGAGUCUGCCGUCAGAAACUGCGACGGCUUUCUGGUGAAACCGUCUGACGUGGAAAAUAUCCUCAACUGGAAGCAAACCCAGACGCAGAGGGUGGAGAUCCCGUUCAUGCCGGCGCGCGUCAUCCUGCAGGACUUCACCGGCGUACCCGCUGUGGUGGAUUUUGCCGCCAUGCGCGAUGCGGUGGUUAAGCUUGGCGGAGACCCUGCCAAAAUCAAUCCCGUUUGCCCGGCUGACCUAGUCAUUGAUCAUUCUGUCCAAGUGGACUUUAACAAAAAGUCUGAUAGCCUCCAGAAAAAUCAAAACUUGGAGUUUGAGCGCAACAGAGAGAGAUUCCAGUUCCUUAAGUGGGGCUCCCAAGCUUUCAGGAACAUGCGUAUCAUUCCGCCCGGUUCAGGGAUUGUCCACCAAGUCAACUUGGAGUAUUUGGCCCGGGUGGUGUUUAACCACCGAGGCUUUUUCUACCCCGACAGCCUGGUGGGCACCGAUUCCCAUACCACCAUGAUCGAUGGCCUCGGUGUUCUGGGAUGGGGCGUGGGUGGCAUCGAAGCAGAGGCGGUGAUGCUGGGUCAGCCCAUCAGCAUGGUUCUACCCGAGGUGGUCGGAUACAAGUUGCGCGGCAGCCCCGACCGCUUCAUUACGUCCACCGACAUUGUUCUCACCGUCACCGAGCAUCUGCGCCAAGUGGGCGUCGUCGGCAAGUUUGUGGAGUUUUUCGGGCCCAGCGUGGCUCACCUGUCCAUUGCGGACAGAGCCACCAUCUCCAACAUGUGUCCAGAAUACGGAGCCACCGCAGCGUUCUUUCCGGUGGAUGGCGUCAGCGUGGAAUACCUCAAGCAGACCGGGCGAGAAGCACAAAAGCUGGCCUACAUUACAAAAUAUCUGAAGGCCGUGGGCAUGUUCCGGGACUACGGCGACGUCUCCCAGGAUCCAGAUUUCAGUCAGGUUGUAGAGUUGGACCUCGGGACGGUGGUUCCGUGCUGCAGUGGGCCCAAGAGACCUCAGGACAAAAUUCCUCUUUCAGACAUGAAGGAAGACUUUGAAAGGUGUCUGGUUGCAAAGCAAGGUUUCAAAGGCUUUGCCGUGUCCCCGGAUGGUCCGAGCGCCACGGUCCCCUUCUGCUACGACGGAAAAGACUACUCGUUAAGCCACGGCUCUGUUGUGAUCGCGGCCAUCACCAGCUGCACAAACACCAGCAACCCGUCCGUCAUGCUCGGAGCCGGACUCCUCGCUAAGAAGGCGGUGGAGAACGGCUUAAGCGUGAGGCCUUACAUCAAGACCAGCCUUUCGCCCGGCAGUGGAGUGGUGACCUAUUACCUGAAGGAGAGCGGCGUUAUGGACUAUCUCUCUCAGUUGGGCUUUGAGGUGGUCGGCUACGGUUGCAUGACCUGCAUAGGAAACAGUGGACCCCUCCCGGAGCCGGUGGUGGAGGCCAUCUCCCAGGGAGACUUGGUCGCCGCAGGCGUCCUGUCCGGAAACCGAAACUUUGAAGGUCGCGUCCACCCCAAUACCAGAGCCAAUUACCUUGCCUCGCCGCCGCUCGUUAUUGCUUACGCCAUAGCCGGGACCGUAAAGAUUGACUUUGAGACAGAACCUAUCGCUGUUAAUUCCCAUGGCCGAGGGGUCUUCUUGAGGGACAUCUGGCCCACGCGCGAAGAGAUCCAGCAAGAGGAGACAAAGUUUGUCAUCCCGACAAUGUUCAGAGAAGUCUACCAAAACGUCGAGAAAGGGAACGAACGCUGGAACUCUCUGGUGGCGCCGUCGGACGAGCUGUAUCCCUGGGAUGGCGCCUCCACGUAUAUCAAGUCCCCGCCGUUCUUUGAUGGCUUGAGCAUGCAGUUAAAUCCUCCGGCAGCCAUAGACAGCGCCUACGUGCUGCUGAACUUGGGCGACUCAGUGACGACGGACCACAUUUCACCUGCUGGGAACAUCACCAGAAGCAGCCCCGCCGCCCGCUACCUGUCAAGCAGAGGCAUCAGCCCACGCGAGUUCAACUCUUACGGCUCCCGUCGAGGGAAUGACGCCAUCAUGGCCCGGGGGACGUUUGCCAACAUCCGCCUGUUUAACAAAUUCCUCAACAAGCAGGCGCCGCAAACUGUUUUCCUGCCAACUGGCGAAGUGAUGGACGUUUUUGAUGCCGCCGAGCGAUACGGCCAAUCGGGAGUCCCGCUCCUGAUUCUUGCCGGGAAGGAGUAUGGUUCGGGUAGCUCGAGAGAUUGGGCAGCCAAAGGUCCAUUGUUGCUGAUACGUAGAAGAUCAUUCAAAACUAUCAAGAGUAGGCUUUCCUUGAAGGCAGUGAGCCACGUUUCCACCCCCCAAAUCAAGGGCAUCAAGGCUGUUCUCGCCGAGAGCUACGAGCGGAUCCAUCGGAGCAAUCUGGUGGGGAUGGGAAUAAUUCCGCUGGAGUAUUUGCCGGGAGACAACGCAGAGAGUCUGGGCUUGACCGGAAGAGAACGCUUCCACAUCGCCAUCCCCGAGAACAUCGCCCCUGGAAUGAUCGUGGCCGUGACGCUCCACACGGGCAAAACCUUUGGCGUACGGAUGAGGUUCGACACCGACGUGGAACUGGCCUAUUUCCACCACGGGGGGAUCCUGAACUACAUGAUCCGCAAGAUGUCUAAAAAUUAACGUCCAGAGUUAUCCUUACCUCAAGUUGCAUUCCGUUCCUCUUUAAGUGUUGUGUUAUCCGUAGCAUUCUAUAAAGUGGCCUCGGUGGAUAGAGUUUGCCUUCACUUCCCGCUUUGUUUGGAGGUCUUGUUGCCUUCAUUUUUGCCAUACAUUGCUGCUCACGUAGCCAUCCGGUCGGUGCAGAUUUUGUCACGGUCGAAUGGCAACGCGACUCCUGAUACCAUCACGGUACAAAGUUGUGCGACAACUGUUAACUUUUAGAUUGCAUUUGAACUUUUAGAUUGCAUUUGCAGCGAAGGAAUACUUCUGUGCAAGGCUUGUUCAUCGAAUUCAAUCACUUUUGACUCGGCACUCGUCCAUAGAGUCACUGAUGGUUUCGGGCAACCCGUGCCUGACAUGCGGGCAGGCAGGGCGGCGUGAGAUGGCUUCCCACUCAGUGACGCUGGUUGCUUGUUUGUCUGGAUGUGUGCGACCAGUUCAGGGUGUAGGGGUGUCAUCUGCUUGUUGUCAGCUGGGCUGGACUGGGGCGGGCUGAGCAAGCAUAAGCACUGUUGAAAAUGCUUUAUACUGUAUACAUUUCAACUUUUUACACCAGCUAACCAUUGAGGGGAAAAAAAAUAUUCUAAACUUUUAGAGUACCACCAUCUUGACCAACAUUGAACUACAGCAUGGUUGGCCAAUGUGAAAGCCACAAAUCGGAAGUUUGCUUCUAAAAAGUGCAAUAAAAUAUCAUUUGAGAAUACUGAAA